AAUUUUUCGGAUAAUUUAUUAUCACAAGGUACUCUAAUGAAUGCAAUGUUACCACAUCAUCAUAUGUAAGUAUAUAACGUAUCCAAAAUAGAAUUUGUGUCGAAGUAAUUAAAAAUAGUGCGGGCACGAGGACGGCAAGGUAAUACUAAAUGUGGUUAUAAUUGUAAUUAAAACACAAAUACUGGUAACAAUGGCUCAAUGGUAUAGUCAGGAUUUUUGCUCAGGAAAAUUCAAUUUUUUUUUUUUUUGAUAUAUCAAAUUUCCUUACUAGCGCCAAAAAUGAUACAUUGUUAAUAGUAAUAAUUUACUGUAUGACUGUACCACUCCCUCCAUGACUACUCUGUUAAAUGACUUGAAGCAAAGUAGAGAAUUCGACCUUUUAGGACAUCUCAGACUAAGUCAAUUGAAGUUUCCCCCCAUAUCAUAUCGUGAUUUUUCCACAAUUUUAUUUAUUUUUUUGGAAUAUUAUUUCCUUUUAAGAAUAUACUUAACCCGUAUUGGUUAAUCUUUAAUUUUCAAAUAUUGUUUGUACAUUUCAAACCUUAUUUCCGUGUUUAUAUGCAGUAUUGAUUAGUAAAUAUGAAAAUUGUAAAACGCUUCGACAAGACAUCAAUGUAUCCUUGAAUGGUGUACAAUUAACAGACUAAACACCAGCACCAGGAGGUCAACACACAGCCGAUUACUGAUCGGCGGUCGAUCGACGUGUGCUGUGUUGUGUUAGGUGUUCAGUUAGUUUUAGGUGGUUGUGCGAAGAAUAUUGCGCGAACAGAGUUAAGUGUUUAGAUGCAAACAGGAAGCUAAAUAGAUUUCCUGUGGUAUCACAAAACAGUCUCUAAAUAAUUUCAAAAAGUAAAAAUUAAUUUAAGAAAUUUAUAUGUUCGUGUUUAAUAAAAAACAUAGAAAUUUAAAAUUAAUAAUUUUUCAUCCUUUUCGAAAAAAAAAAUACCGCACAAGAUUAGAUACCUAGCUUGUCCAAAUUUUUAGAAAUGAAGGUUUUAUGUUUUACAAUACUUAUAUUCAUCAUUGCAACGCCUGCAUUUGGUGUAUUGUUGAUAGUGAACAAGUUAAAAACAAGAGCAUUAGAACUAUCGCUGUUGAGCCCUUCCAAUUGUAAAAUAUAUAAUGACAGUGAAGAUAUAAAGCGUGUAAUGUCAAAUUUUCCAUUUUUUACUUAUGAAGCCCAACAAGCAGAAUCCAUAGAUAUGCUUUUUAAAAUUUGCGAAAAUGUAUUUAAAAGGUCAAGUCAAAAUAUUGGAUUUAUAUACCCCGGUACAAAAUGGUGUGGACCUGGUAAUAUAGCUAAAAGCUAUUCUGACUUGGGAGUUUAUAAAAAAGAAGAUUCGUGUUGCCGUGAACAUGACCAUUGUACAAGGUUUCUGGAAACUGGCCAAUGUACAGAUAAGUUAUGCAAUACUUCUCCUUAUACAAGAAAUUGUACAGAGCAGUUUCAAAUAACUCCAAAUUUUAACCAAAAAGGAUGGAAAAGACAACGUAUGACAACAGACAAAAUGUUUAAGAUUUUUGCUAAAGUGGUCACUGAUUUUUUGCAAUUUGCAUAGAAAUGUAUUAGUAAUAUCAGAAAUAUAUGUUAUUGUGGAUAUUACUAUAUAUAAUAUGGGCAUUUACCUACUAAUAGAUGCAUCUUAUAAAAUGAACAAUAGAUUGUAUUAAUUGUUAAAAGUACUCCUAAGUGUUGUUCUUAAUCAAAACAUGUACUUUUAUCAGGACUGGGAAAUAAAAUUAUUGCCCAGUUUUUUAAAUUUUUUACCAUAUGUAGUAAGUUAAUUGACUCUAUAUAUAUAUUUUUUUAAGAAUUUGUUAAUAAUUGUAGAAACUAAAACUCUUAAAAUUCUUCAUAUAUUCUCAUUACACAUAUUUUCACUUGAAAGUUAUAUUAAAAAAGCAAUUUUUGAUUUAUUCAUGAAAAAUUUUUUUAUGAAAUUUUAUUUUACCUAUCAAAAAUUAUACAUAAGAGUAUUUAAAAAAAUACCUAUGUAAAUGAAGUUUAAAAAAGAAAAAUAAUAAGAAGUCACAUUUUUCAAAAUCAUUAUAGAACUUACAACAACAUGUCUGCUUCAAGUUUAAUUAUGAACACUAAAAUUUUAUACAUGGAAGAUUAACACAAUUUUAUUUUUUUAAUACCACGAAAUUAUUAAACAAUAUAAAUAUUAAAAAAAUAGUAUUUUUUUGUUAUGAUAAGAUAUGAAACCUGAAUU